UUUCAUUUUCCAGGUGUGAUGGAGCCUGCAGCUUCCUGUUUAUUGGGAUUCCUUUUGGCCUUUCUUCUCUUACAGUUCACAGUACCUGCCCAAGCAAUGAGCUCCGAUAUACAAAUUAGCAUUCAGGUUCCAGAUGCAGAAAGUGUACUGGUGGAGUGUACUUCAGGAAAUUUGAUCCCACCUGCUGAGAUUACAUGGAGAGACAGCAAGGGGAAAGUAAUUCCACCCUCGUCAAAAUUUGAUUCUCAGGAUAGAGCUGGAUUAUUGUACUUGAAGAGCAAUAUUCUUCUAAAAAACAGAACACAAGGUCCUAUUACUUGUUCUAUUUACAAUGUAACUACUAAUCAGGAGAAAAAGAGAAGUAUUUUCCUCCCAGAUGUCCUAUUCAAACCAGGAUAUAUGUCAUUGAUGUCAAAAAGACCUCCAUGCCCUGUAACAUAUUUGAUCAUUAUAUUAGUUCUUCAUUGUCUCAGAGGCAUACUUGUUUUUGGUUCUUUUGUAUGGAAAAAAUAUAAAUCUACAGAAGGUAAAGUCAUCCAAGUUAUAUUUUUCAGGCUGAUUACAUGCUGCACACUUGUCUGUGAAUGUCUACUUUCAGCUUUGUAUAUUGGCUUCCUUCCUCUCUACUUGACAUUCAGGAGCCAAGCUUCUAUUUUGGACGAUGCAUACCCAUUGUAUAGUAAUUGGCUGUGGGAUGUAUGCAUAAUCUUGGUUGUGAUGAUGAUAUUUUUCACUGGACUCAUUUUGCUUCUACUUUAUACCCUAAAGAGUAAGUGA